AUGUCAGACAAUGAUGAAAUGUCCAUGAGUGAUUCUUUGAUCUCUUUGCAAAGCAAUGAGCCUGUCGAUGACCAACCUGAGCAAAAUGGCCUGUCAUUUCAAACUUGGCUUACCAUGACAAGCUCGCUUGCUCACAGAAUAUCCCUUCCAAUAUUACGAACAUUUUUCAAUCCUACGGCACAACUUGUGGCCAUACGGUCGGUUGUUGCGAUUGCAGUAAUCAUUUGGAUUAUUAUGACCAGCUUAACGUCCUAUGUUACAUUUUAUCGACAUUUUAUGCCAAAGCAGAUGCACAUUGAGCCUGUCUAUUUACAAUACAUGCAUACUUCGUUGUCUAAAUGCAUUAAUCCUGAAGGCUGGGUUGAUUUGAGAAGAGGAACUGAGUAUGGGCCUCUUAGACAUGGCAACUUCAUGGUCAAAGUAGAACUUUUGACCACAAAUGGAUCCACGGUGGCCCACGGUAGUAGACCGGCUAUUUUGGCUUAUCAAUCAAAAACCCACAGGAUCCUCAGGGUCUUGACGGGAGCAGUGCCGCUCUUGAUGGGUCUCACACAAGAAAGCCAGAAUCUUUACAUUCCAUUAAUGGAAGAGUAUGUGGAGAAUUACAAAACACCAAUUACACAUAUUCGUGUCCUUUUGUCAACCUGUCGUUUACAGGUCUACAAUGCAACAGUACAGCUCCGUACCAACUUCCAUGGUCUAAGAUAUUACAUGUACCAUUAUCGCAUCCCCACUGCAACUGUGUUUGUGGUGGCAUUUGCCAUUAUUGAGCUUAUUUGUGCCGCAUUUGCGUGGCGUCUAAUUGUUCGGAUCUUUUGGUCAAAUCAAGAGGAGAAAGUACAAGAGCAAACCCCACAAGAAUAUACAUAUGAAUAUUCAUCCGACGCAUCUGGUAUAGACCCACACGACUAGGAAUGCCGUGUAGUCUUUUGAUCGAAUUGAUCAUUUUUUAUAUAUUUCUUAUAUUCUGAAACAAUUAGAGCUUAUAAUACAUUUUUAAAAGAAAAAGAAAAAAGAAGGGAAAU